AUGGAAAGGGAAGCCAGGGCGAAAGCAGACGAGAAUGUAGCUAAGGAGAUUCGUAGUCUGAAGGAAGCAGUUAGAAGCAUCCAAACCCACAAAGGGUGUGAAGGACUAGAAUACGAGGAUUUGUGUAUUCAUCCCGCCAUUGAGUUGCCUGCUGGAUACAAGGUGCCGAAAUUUGAUAUGUUUGAUGGAAAAGGAAAUCCUCUGGCUUACUUGAGAUCGUAUUGUGACAAGCUUGUUGGAGUAGGAAAAGAUCAAGCUAUUAGGAUGAAACUGUUCAUAAAAAGCUUGACAGGAGAAGCACUUGAUUGGUACACAUGCCAAGAUCCGCAGAAAUGGCAUAGUUGGGGAGAGAUGGCACAAGAAUUCAUGGAUAGGUUCAAGUUUAAUACUGAGACUGUCCUGGGCAGAUUCUAUUUGAUGAAGUUAGAAAGGAAGUCAACAGAAACUUUCAGAGAGUAUGUUAUGCGCUGGAGAGCGGAAGCCGCAAAAGUCCAGCCCCCAAUGGCGGAGAGUGAGAUGACAACGCUCUUUGUACAAUCUUUAAAAGAUGCCACAUACUAUGAAAGACUGAUAAGUGUCAUCGGACAAAGGUUUUCUAAAGUCAUUAGAAUGGGAGAUUUCAUAGAAGAAGGAAUCAAGACAGGAAGAGUCAUAAAUUUGGCAGCCUUGCAAGCGACAAAUAAGGGAUACUUCAACCAAUUCAGGGAAGAGUUCCUAAUCCCCUUUCCAGAUGGUAUGACGGGACUAAACAUUGUGCGUAUCACUCAGGAGUUACUGGACAUGAUACUGAAAAUUGCCUUACUCUCAAAGACAAAAUCGAGGCAUUAA